CAAAAACUUUGUCGUUUUCGUACCUUUUUUUGUUUCUCUCAGAUUAACAAGAAGACUCCUGAGAUGUGGUAAAAGAGUUAAAGUUUCCACCUUUAUCAUCUCCAACUACAAACCACAGCCUCAAACACACACAGAUCUUGUCUCUUUUCUUAGUUAUCAUCUUGUCCUGAUGGGCUUGGAGUACGAUCAAGACUCGGGAUCGUCCACCCACUCCCUCCGAUCAUCCUCCAACUCCCUCUACGUCCCGAGAGAAGACACUCCUCUCCUCGGCCCACGAACCCUCUCCUCACAGCCCAAAACCUUCGCCAACGUCUUCAUCGCCAUCGUCGGCGCCGGCGUCCUCGGCCUCCCCUACACCUUCAAGAAAACAGGAUGGCUCCUCGGCCUCCUCACCCUCUUCUUCGUCUCCUCCCUCACCUUCUUCUGCAUGAUGCUCCUCGUCCGCACCCGCCGCAAGCUCGAGUCCCUCUCCGGCUUCUCCUCCAUCACCUCCUUCGGCGACCUCGGCGAAGCCGUCUGCGGCCCCGCCGGGCGCCUCGUCGUCGACGUCAUGCUCGUCCUCUCCCAGGCAGGGUUCUGCGUCAGCUACUUGAUCUUCGUCGCCACCACCAUGGCCAACUUGCUUAGCCGUGGGACUGAAGUUAUCUUGGGGCUUGAUCCCAGCUCUGUGUACAUGUGGGGCUGUUUCCCUUUUCAGCUCGGGCUUAACUCCAUCCCCACGCUGACUCAUCUCGCUCCUUUGAGUAUAUUCGCUGAUGUUGUUGACGUGGCGGCUACUUUGGUGGUUAUGGUUCAGGAUGUGUUUAUCUUUGUUAAGAAGAGACCUCCUUUGAGAGUCUUUGGUGGCUUCUCUGUGUUCUUUUAUGGGUUGGGAGUCGCUGUGUAUGCGUUUGAAGGGAUUGGAAUGGUACUUCCUUUGGAGCUAGAGGCUAAGUACAAAGACAAGUUUGGAAGAGCGUUGGGGCUAGCCAUGGGGUUAAUCUCGAUCAUGUACGGAGCGUUUGGGCUGCUAGGGUACAUGGCUUAUGGAGACGAGACUAAAGAUAUCAUCACCACAAACCUAGGAGCAGGUUUGGUGAGCACUCUUGUUCAGCUAGGCUUAGCAAUCAACCUCUUCUUCACGUUUCCACUCAUGAUGCAUCCUGUCUAUGAGGUCAUAGAGCGCCGUCUCUGCAGCUCUAGUUACUCCAUUUGGGUUCGUUGGUCCACUGUGCUGGUGGUCACUCUCGUUGCCCUGCUUGUCCCUAACUUUGCAGACUUCUUGUCUCUUGUUGGGAGCAGUGUUUGUGUGGUGUUGGGGUUUGUUUUGCCAUCGCUCUUCCACUUACAGGCUUUCAAAGAGGAGCUGAGCUUUGCAAGAAAGGUGGUAGAUGUUGUUAUUUUCCUCAUUGGUGUUAUGAUAGCUGUGACUGGGACAUGGACUGCUGUCAUUGAGAUCAUGACAUCCAAGGCCUGAUCAUUUUUCUUUCAUUGAAGAUUCUUGUUAGCAGUAGAAACAAGAAGAGAAGAAGACAUUGUUGGUUGUUAUUUCUGUUGCGUUCCCUUCCACACUUGUUUUUGUUUGAGUCUUUUAUUACUAUUUUGUAAGAAAGACUCUUGAAGAGAUAACCAAUAAUACAAGUAUUCUUAAGA